CCAAAGCUUGUAACCGAGCUAUACACUCCCAUGGCCGACGAAUCUUCUUCUCCGGCCACGGGGGAUCUCAAUUCUCAGAAACCAGAACCCACUACUCCGAUUCCAAUUCCCAAUCCAAAUCCCAAUCCUUCACUAACACCACCACCGCCUCAACACCAUUCGCAACCACAAGUCGCUCCUCUGAUUCCACCAGGUCCGCCUUAUACUCCUCCGUCACAGAUUCCUGGCUCACUUCUCCCCACCAAUCUUCCUCCACCGCCACCAUUCCGUCCCGGUAUGCAGUUCACUCCCGCUGGGAAUUUUCAAAACCCUAGCUCUGGAGUUCCUCCUCCCGGCGUGAAUUCUAUGGCGGUUCCAGGAUCUAUGCCUCAGUAUCAACUGCAGCCUCCGAACCAGCCUGGUAUGAGGCCUUUCCAGCCUAUGGCUAAUGGUUAUCCCGGAAUUCAUGGUGUUGCUCCUCCUCCGGGGCUUCUCCGGUACCCUUCUCCAUAUCCAACAAUGGUUCGUCCUGGGUUCAUUAUGCGCCCGCCUGGUACAAUCGGUGCUGUUCAACUAGCACCACGGCCUGCAGUCCCAGGGAUGCCUGGUCUCCGUCCUGUAAUGCCUCCUAUGGUUAGACCAGCUUCUCUUCCUUUUGUAACACCUGCAGAAAAGCCCCAGACCACAAUUUACAUUGGCAAGAUAGCAACCGUGGAAAAUGACUUUAUGAUGUCUAUUCUUGAGUUUUGUGGCCAUGUCAAAAGCUGUUUACGUGCGGAAGAUCCUACCACCAAGAAACCUAAAGGUUUUGGAUUCUAUGAAUUUGAAUCAGCUGAAGGGAUUCUCCGUGCAAUACGCCUGCUGACCAAACGUACUAUAGAUGGACAAGAACUUUUGGUGAAUGUUAAUCAAGCAACAAAGGAGUAUUUGCUAAAGUAUGUUGAGAAGAAAAUAGAGACUGCAAAGAAAGCCAAGGAAAGUCAAGCUGUAGGAACCGAAGAGAACCAAGCUGAAGGUCCUGAAAGUCAGCGACGAAAACUUGAGAGUGCUGAAAAUGAGACAGGGAAAGAUGGAGAACCCAAGAGUAAAGAAAACAUCGAUAUUGCGAAUUCUGCGGUCAUAAAUGACGAAGAAAGGGAAGCAGACAGAGAGGCUAUGGAAAAGAUUGAAAGUGCUAUUGAAGAAAGGUUAAAGUCCAACCCUCUGCCUCCACCACCCCCACCACCACCUGCUGAUCGUUCAGGCAUGGAACUUGCUUUCACAUCUAAGGAUGGUGACUCCAACACUGACAUAGCUAGGAGUGAUGCCGCAGCAAAUGAUGUUGAGACUUCUAGAGAACAGAAUAGGCCUGACACAAGCUCACCUGAUUGGAGUAAGAGAAAUGACCGAAGAAGCAGAGAAAGAGGUGAAAAGGAGCAAGAAAUUGAUAGACUCGAGAGGGAGGCUGAACGAGAACGGACAAGGAAAGAGAGAGAGCUAAGGAGGAAACUUGAGGAUGCAGAGCGUGCUUACCAGACUCGUCUUCGACAAUGGGAACGCAGUGAAAGAGAAAAGGAGAAGGAACGACAGUACGAGAAGGAGAAAGAGAAAGAUAAAGAGCGUAAGAGGAAAAAGGAAAUCCGCUAUGAAGAAGAAGAGGAAGAAGACGAUGAUGAUUCAAGAAGAAGAUGGCAUAGGGCUGCAUUAGAUGAGAGAAGAAGACGACGACUAAGAGAAAAGGAGGAUGACUUAGCUGAUAGAUUGAAAGAAGAGGAAGAGGUUGCUGAGGCGAAGAGAAAUGCCGAGGAGCAAAAGUUGCAGCAACAACAAUUAGAUGCCUUAAGGAUCCUAUCUGGACAGGCAGCUAUUGGAAGUGAAACGGUUCAGACAUCACCUAUUGAAAAUGAUCAUAAGGCAACUCUCCAAACUGUCGGUGAAUCUGCCAAUGAGCACCAUGCAGCAGAUUUUGAACAAAAUGGUUCUGGUAAUGAAUCCAUGGCUAUUGAUAAUAAUAGUGGAUCAGAGGCACAUGCUCCCUCAAAGAAAUUAGGAUUUGGGCUUGUGGGAUCCGGAAAGCGAACAUCUGUGCCUUCUGUUUUCUAUGAGGAGGAUGAAGACGAAGCGCGUAAGGCUAAAAAGAUGAAACCUUUGGUUCCUAUAGAUUACUCAACCGAGGAACAGGAGGCCGUGGCCCAUGGUGGCUCAGGGAAUACACCACCUCAUUUGGCUUUAGCCGCUGAAUUUGCAAAACGAAUUUCGAGUACCAAUCCCAAGGAAGAGACAAUAGAAACCGAAAAACAAAGGAGCAGACGUUCUCAUGAUAAGUCAAGCCACCGGGACAGGGAAAGGGAAAGGGACAGGGACAGAGUCAGGGACCGAGGUGACGGGCAUAGUGGUCCAACCAAAGACGCUAAAGAGUCUGGAAAAGCAAAGAUACCUGAUACCAAGUUUCUGGAUGCGAAACAAUUGAUAGAUACUAUCCCAAAGACAAAGGAAGACUUAUUUUCGUACGAGAUAAACUGGGCUAUGUAUGACAAGCACCAAGUGCACGAAAGAAUGAGACCAUGGAUCUCAAAGAAAAUUAUGGAGUUUCUCGGAGAAGAGGAAGCCACGCUGGUAGAUUUCAUCGUGUCAAACACUCAACAACACGUGAAGGCGUCUCAGAUGCUUGAGCUGUUGCAAUCAAUUCUAGACGAAGAAGCUGAGAUGUUUGUGCUGAAGAUGUGGAGAAUGCUCAUCUUUGAGAUCAAGCGGGUCGAAGCUGGAGUCCCGGUAAAAUCCAAAGCCUGAAACUUUUCUUUAAAGAUUUUUAUCUUCCUUUGUUGCUUAGUAUCCCAUUUUUUUUCCAAGUUUUCUUGUCUUUGGAUUAAAAAAAGAAUCGCCAUGUUUAAAUGCAAAAGAAGAGAUUGAAACAAGAAAAUACAAAAUAUACAUUCUAGUUCACA